AUCAAAUCCUUUACCCCCAAAAUUUUCUCUUCUCUCACAGAAAUUUUCUCUCAAAAUCUCGCCGUUUCGCGUAACCCAAGCGCACCCCUCUCUCUCUUUCUCUCUCUACUUUCUCUCUCAUCGUCGCGGUUCCUUCGCACCAAAUCUCUGGAUUUUCGCUAUUUCCAGAGCGAUCAAUCGAUCUCGAUGACACGAAUAGAAUCACAACAACAACCCUUCAAUUCGGAGUGAUAACCCUUCUUCGCCUUUGCCACCUAAGCCCUAGAAAAAGCCCCUUUACUUUCCCGUUUCCAUCGAUUGCUUCAGUUGUUGUGCUCAUGGCGGAUUCGAGGAGGAGAUCUGCGAGCGUGAGCUUGAUCUAGGGUUUCCCCCUUUCAGAUUGUAUCGAAUCUAGGGUUUUAGGGAAUUCGAUUUCGAAUUGAUGUUUCUUUUCAGGGUUGAACCUGGGAUUGACUCGGAUGAUGGCGGAUUAUGCAUGGCUUCGGUCUUGAGGAGUGGAAACAGAGCCGGCACAUGUGGCCUGUACCUUCCAACGCGCCCACUGUAGCUCCUGAUUCUGAAUUUAUAUGCAAAGAUGGACGCAAGAUUCGCGUUGGUGAUUGUGCACUUUUCAAGCCACCCGAGGACUCCCCUCCUUUUAUUGGAAUAAUUCGCAAGUUGACUUUUGAUAAAGAAGAACGUCCAAGUUUAGAAGUGAAUUGGUUUUACCGACCUGCUGAUUUGAAGCUAGCUAAAGGGAUUGUCCUGGAAGCUGCACCGAACGAAGUCUUCUACUCCUUUCACAAGGAUGAAACACCUGCUGCAUCAUUACUCCAUCCGUGUAAAGUCGCAUUUCUUCGUCAAGGUGUUGAACUUCCUUCAGGGUUAUCCGCAUUUGUGUGUAGACGAGUGUAUGACAUUGAGAACAAUUGUUUAUGGUGGCUAACUGAUAAGGACCACAUUAAUGAACAGCAGGAAGAAGUUGAGCAGCUAUUAGACAAGACAAAACUAGAAAUGCAUGGGACUGUGCAAUCAGGAGGCCGUUCUCCUAAACCUUUGAAUGGUCCAACAUCAACACAGCCAUUGAAAUCUGGUUCUGAUAACGUUCAAAAUAGUUCUUCCUUAGGUGUACAGGGUAAGGGAAAAAAGAGAGAUCGUGGUGAUCAGGGAUCUGAUUCAUCUAAAAAGGAGCGGUUAUUUAAAGUAGAAGAUGGUGAUUCUGGUCAAUUUAGACCGGAGAGCAUGUUAAAGUCUGAGAUUGCUAAAAUCACUGAUAAAGGUGGACUUGUGGACUUUGAAGGAGUUGAAAGACUGGUACAACUCAUGCAGCCUGAUAGUACUGAUAAAAAACUUGAUUUAGCUGGGCGAAUAAUGCUUGUUGAUGUAAUAGCGCUUACGGACCGGUAUGACUGUCUUGGCUGGUUUGUACAGCUCAGGGGUUUGCCCGUUUUGGAUGAAUGGCUGCAAGAGGUCCAUAAGGGAAAAAUUGGUGAUGGUAAUAUGCCUAGAGAAAGUGACAAGUCUGUUGAAGAAUUUUUGUUGGCUUUACUUCGUGCAUUGGAUAAACUUCCUGUGAACCUUCAUGCACUACAAACAUGUAAUGUUGGGAAGUCUGUCAAUCAUUUACGCACCCACAAAAAUUCUGAAAUUCAGAGGAAAGCCAGGGGUUUAGUAGACACGUGGAAGAAACGUGUUGAAGCUGAAAUGAAUAUGAAUGAUUCAAAACCUAGUUCAACCCGUACUGUUUCUUGGCCCGCAAAGCCAACAGCUUCUGAGGUUCCUCACCUUGGGAGUAGGAAAAGUGGGGGAUUCUCUGAGAAUAUUGCAAAGAGCUCUGUUAUUCAACCUUCAGUAUCUAAAAAUUCCCAAACAAAGCUUAGUUCUGGAGAAGCACUAUCCAAGUCAUCUCCUGGCUCAACGAAACCAAUGACUACCUCAGGGGGCAGUAACCUGAAAGAUCAAAACAUCAAAGUCUUGGUUGGAUCUGCAACUUCUGAUCUACCUCUGACGCCUAUCAAGGAGGAGAAGAGCAGUGGUUCCAGUCAAUCUCAAAAUAACAGCGUAUCCUACUCUAGUGAUGCAAAAGCUAUCGGUUCUUGUAGGGAAGAUGCAAAGAACUCCACUGCAGUGUCGAUGAGUGUAAGCAAAAUUCCUGGCAGUGCAUCUCGAACUCGGAAGUCCAGUAAUGGUCUACAUGGGGCUGGUGUUGCUGUAGCUCAGAAGGAAAAUAGCUCUGCUAAAAAUUCUACCCGGAGCUCACCUUCUGAAAAGGUUUCACCAACUCAAGCAUCCCAUGAAAAAUCACCUGAUCGGUCCCUUACCGAUCAAGGGAAUAAUCAGCGACUCAUUCUCAGGUUACCAAACACUGGUCGCAGUCCUUCUAGGGGAGCUGGUGGAGGCUCUUUUGAAGAACCUGGUGUGAUGUGGGGCAAAGCAUCACCUCCGGCUGACAACAGAAAAAUGAAAGCUAAAAGUGAUUGUUUGCAAACCAAUGUUGCACCAAAUGUGAUAAAUGAUGCAUGUGAUGGUAAUGAAAAGGCUGGUGUUGAUGAAGCCAAGGGUUCUCCAAUGGUUGAUGAGCGGUGCCGUGCUAAUGAAGAUGGUGAUAAAGUGGCAGAGACGUCAAAACCCGCUAGUUCAUCUGGAUUUGUUUCCAGAUCAAGGCAGACAUAUGAUGCUUCUUUAAGCCCCAUGAAUGCAUUAGUUGAAAGCUGUGUGAAAUUUUCUGAAGCAAGUUCCUCUGUGUCUCCUGGAGAUGAAGGGAUGAAUCUGCUUGCUACUGUAGCCGCAGGGGAAAUUUCCAGAUCUGAAAAUGUCUCACCUGCAGUUUCACCUGAGAGGAAGUCUCCUGCAGCUGAUGAAUCGAGCUCAAGGAAUGAUUGCAAGUUAAAAGAUUCUUUUGAAGCAGGUGCUCGCAACCUGGGACAGUCUGAUGGUGCCGCUACUGGAGAUGGUGAAGCCAUUGCAUCCAGUUGUAUAGAGAAAACUAGUGAAGGCAGAACACAAAUAAAUUUCUCUACUACAGAUUUGUUACAGAAUGCUGAAGGUCCAUGCUUACAGCCCGAAACGAAAGAAGACACUUCUGAAGCUAUAUUGCCAGCUAAAAAGGAGACUCAUGCAGAACCUGGAGCAGCACAUUUUCAGGAGCAUAGGUCAAGGACUUCCUCUUUUGAUGAUGUUCAGAAGAUCGAUCACAUGGAUGAGGGAAUCACAGAGAACGAGAAAAUGCUGGUUUCAAAAGCUGUUGGAACUGUUAAGACUGAAAAUGAACUCGGUAAAAAAUCACCUGAGUUAUCUUCAGUUGUACAUAAUGACAACCAGAUUAGUGCAGAAAAAGUGAUAGGUACCAGUUUAUCAGUGCAAAAAGGCUCUCCAGUCACAGAAAACUGUGAGUCCGUAGAUUUGAAAAAGGAGGAUGUCACUUCACCUGCUUCUGGUAAUGCUUUGACGGUAUCCAGGGAUGAAAAGGCUGAUGACAUGAAGCCAUUGGAGAUUCAGCCUGAUGAAAAACAAACGGGUCUGGAUUCCCUAGUUUCAGAUGGUGUUAAUGAUUGUGCUGAAGAGAAUUCGGGUAGAAAAGAUGUUCUUGUUCAGUGUUCUGGCUCAGCUGUUCACUCAGAUUUUCCAGCAAUUCAUGGGAAAGUGAAGGAAUUGCCUAAGACAUGCGAGUCUAACGUAGAUGGAAAUCAAUCUGAGGUUGCAGGAGAGUGGCAUGCACACAGUGCUAAUCCAUCCCCAACUGUUACUGGGUCGGAUGCAGUAAAGCUGGACUUCGAUUUAAAUGAAGGCUUUCCUGCUGAAGAUGUAGGCCAAGGGGAGAUUGUUAGACAAGAAGAACCUAGCACAUCAUCUGCAGUACAUGUUCCUUGUCCGUUGCCUUUUCCCAUUUCAUCUAUUUCCGGGGGCUUCCAUGCUUCAAUUACAGUGGCAUCUGCUGCCAAAGGUCCAGUUGUCCUACCAGAAAACCCAUUGCGAAGUAAAGUGGAACUUGGAUGGAAGGGGUCAGCUGCUACAAGUGCAUUCCGUCCAGCUGAACCUAGGAAAAAUGCGGAGAUACCCUCAAAUACUAGUGACGUUACAUCUGUUGAUGCCACUUCAGUCAAACCUUGUCGCCCUCCUUUAGAUUUUGAUUUAAAUGUGGCAGAUGAAAGAAGUUUUGAGGAUGUAGCUUCACGUGGCUCUUUAGAAUCUGGACCCCACGAUCGUAGCACUGUAGGAUUUGAUCUUGAUUUAAACAGAGUGGACGAGACUCCUGAAGCCGGGUCUUUCUCUAUGAGCAAACUGGAUAUUCCUUUACCGAGUAAACCUUCGUUGUCCAGUGGGUUGUCCAAUGGUGGAAGUGUCUCAAGAGACUUUGAUUUAAAUAAUGGGCCUGGCCUUGAUGAAGUUUGCAAUGAGGUUCCAGCACGUAGUCAGCAGUUGAAAAGUGCUAUACCGUUUUCUACAGCUGCUCAUGGCCCGAGAACAAAUAGUGUUGAAUUUGGGAACUAUUCAUGGUUUCCUCAAGGCAAUUCUUAUUCUGCAAUUACUGUCCCACCACUUCUGCCUGGUAGAGGGGAGCAGAGUUAUGUCGCUGGUGCUGGGUCACAGCGCAUCAUAGGUCCAACAGGUAGCACACCUUUUGCUCCGGAAAUGUAUAGGGGGCCUGUGCUCUCAUCCUCUCCUGCUGUUGCUUAUCCACCUACCACACCCUUUCCAUAUCCAGGAUUUCCAUUUGAGACCAAUUUUCCAUUAUCUUCAAACUCCUUUUCUGGCUGUUCAACAGCGUUUCUGGAUUCAUCAACGGUGGGUGGUCUUUGCUUUCCUACGAUGCCCUCACAGCCAGUUGGGCCUGGUGGUGUUGUCUCGUCCACAUAUCCCCGUCCCUAUGUUAUGAAUCUUCCAGGCAGUACAAGCAAUGUGAUGCCUGACAGCAGAAAAUGGGGAAGUCAGAGUCUGGAUCUUAAUUCAGGCCCUGGUGGUACAGAUGCUGAGCGGAGAGAUGAUAGAUUGCCUUCUGGAUUGAGGCAAGUUUCUGUUCCCAAUUCACAAGCCUUGAUGGAUGAUCAACUGAAGAUGUUUCAGUUGGCAGGUGCAUUGAAAAGAAAAGAACCUGAUGGUGGUUGGGAUGGAACUGAUAGAUUCAGUUACAAACACCCCUCAUGGCAGUAGGAUCGUGGCUCUUCAGCAUAGAUUCUUUAGAGGAGUUUUCUGUUUUGCAUCUUCCUCAUUGAAGAAUGUGCUGUUUGAAGGUUGUAAUGUAUUGAAACUGUUACUAUUCUGGCACUAUGCAGCUUUUAUAAAAAAUGUGAGAAAAACUGGGGAUAAAUUGAGUGUUGAGCCAUGAAGAAUACAAGCAGAGAUAGAGGCAACCAAUGUGCCUCUACGUUUCCGAGUUGAUCAAGUGAUCAGAGGUUGUAUGAAAUCUGCUUCCACAGAUUGCCUCUUGAAGAUGAGUUUUUUCCUGUGUAGAUAUCUAACCGAAACAGCAGCAGGUGUGAUAUUGCCACCUAGAAUCGGAGAAAUUGGCAUCAAGUGUUUGACUGUGACUUUCCUGCAAUGCAACAGCCCAAUCCAUUCUCGAGCAUUUGGAAGGAGAGGAUUGGAUGCAUGAACUGGCUAGGCUUGAGGCCAGUUUGUCUUUUUUAAUCUUUUUUUUUCCAACUUUUGUUACAUAUAUAGUUAUUGCUGUAGUCUUGACUUCCGAAUUUUGUCACUUAUCACAUUCUGGUUAUUGAUAUAUUAUGCACAGGUUAGCCACCA